AUGCUAUUCUUAUUGUUACUACCAUUACUUACUUACGGAUUGAAUACAAAAGCCAAAUGCAUAAUAGAUCCACUGACUAAUUCUUGCGAUCAUUUAACUAUUUAUUUCUAUCCUUCAUAUCCAAUUCGAAUAAAUUCAAUCAUCUAAUUAACAUUACCUUUUACCAUUCAAGGGUAAGAAUAACUACUUCUUACUUCGUUUGACGAGUCAACUGUUGCCUUAUUAACAUUAACAGGAAGUACACAUUUUACAGUGACUUAAAUAUUACCUGAAAAUACUUGGUAUAAAUGCAAUUUAACAUUGUCUACAGUAUUAUCUAAGAAAUAGAAAGGAAUAGGAUAAUUCUAAAUGAAUAUUGUAGCAUCAGAAUACUCAAAUACUUUAAUAUUAGAAUAAGGCCCUUAAAUUCCUCUUACAUAUUCAGUCAUCAAUUAAAUUUAUAAUCCACCAUCAAUAACUCCAAUAGCAACAGUGAUCCCAUCUUCAUCUGGAACAUUAUGCGUAACUUCUGAUUGGGGAUUUACAUUAAAUAAAAAUAUUGUUAGAUAGCAAUAAUCAAUGACUUUCAGUCUCAGUUAUGAUACUACUAAUGAUAGAUUAGAUGUAAUACUUACUAUGGUUGAUUUAAAUAGUGGAUUUAUAUUUCAUAGAGAAUGCUAUUUUUCAGGACCUGAGGUAGCCAAGUUUGCUACUGAAUGUACAUUAAAAUAAACAGGAUCUAAACUUACAUUUUAAUUAAGAAGUUAAAACUCAGUACUUUUAAAAUAAUAAACUGAAUAUCUAAUUGAAUUUUUCGUAUCUCAUUAAGGAGAUACAAUUACAGCAAGCACCUUUACAGUGGAAAUUUAUCAUGAUACUCAAUUGAUUGAUUAAUGCUAAUCUACAAAAACAUUUUUAAUUGAUGAAACAGACAUGCCUACUUCAUUAUUUCAAAUAAGUGAGGUGGAACUAUAUUUAGAUACACCUAGUAUUGGAGUACCAACAUUUAUGGGUGUGGCAUUUAGACCCAAAAAUAUAUAAAUAGAUACACUUAUUAGAAUUGAAUUAGGAUUCUUAAGUUAUGAUUAAUUAAAUUGUUAAGUCUUUUAACUUGAAAUAGAUACACUUAUGCCUUCAUUAUCAUUUUCCCAUUAUUCCUAUGAUUCUUAAAACCUUUAUUUUUAUUCAAACAAAUACAAACCUGAUCAAAUUUAAUAUAAAUAUAGUGUCAAUUGCACUGGAAUUACAAUCUUGUAGACUACUAAUAAAAUAUUUAGAGUUAUAUAUGAAGAUAUGUAUCAUACAAUAAUCUAAUAUUUUCAAAUCCGUCAACCACCAAGGUUACCAACUGAUACCUAGACUUAAUAGGCUUCAUUAUAGAUUGUCAAAAAUAUAGAAUUGAUAUCUAAGAAAUUUAAUAAUCCUUUGGUUAGUAGUAUUAUAUCGAUAAAAAUUGUUCCUAUUUAUGGAAUUUAUAGAGUAUUAAUAGAAUUUCCAUCUUCUUACACUACAAAUAUAAUAAAAUGUGUAAUAAAUGAAACAUCCUCUGUAUUUUGUGAUUAGGAUUCUCUUAAUCCAAAAAGAUUAAUAGUUUAUUUAACAAAAUAUCAUGAUAGUGAACUAAUUAAAGAUCCAUUUAAUCUCACUGUUUAUGGGAUGAUUAAUCCAUUGGAAUUAAAUUAUAAUAGUCGAAUAUGUGUAAUUUUGGAUGAUGAUAACAUAUUGACACCUUUACUGUUUGGAAAUGAAGAUAAUUUAAAUGGGAUAACAUAAUUUGAAUAUCUUGAUGACUAUGUUAAUACAAAUAUUUACAAACAAUUAUCGACUAGUGAUUUUAGAUUUUCUCAAUCUUAAGCUAGGGCUUAUGAUUAAUAUUUAAUUGGUAAUAUUACUUUUUCAAUGGGAAGCAUUAACGAAAUAAAUAAAUUAUAUUUGCGAAUAUCAGAUUAAUACACAAUAUAUGAAUUGAAUUGUUAACUUAUAAAAGUAGGUGAUCAACAAUUGAAUAAUUAUAUUAGUGCGUGCAACUAAAAUUAAAAUUAUAUUGAGAUGGAUCUGAUUACAGAUACAGGCAAUAUUAGAUUUAGUCAACAAUAUUAUUUAAAAAUAUCAAAUUUCAGAACAUAAGAUUUAAUAUCAAUAGAUUAAUAUGCUGUUUUGUAACCUAUGAUUUAACUCUUCUUAGCAUACGAUGAUAAUAUAAUUUCAUUAGAAAAUUAAGUGAAUGGAUCAUUUGUGAUGAAAAAUUAAAAAAUACCAUUUUACUGGUACAAUCUAGAUGCAAAUGAUUAGUUUACUAGAUUAGAGGUGCAACCAGGAUUUGAGGAUACAAAAACAUAUAAAAUAUAUCUUAAUCAUUUUGGACUUGAAAGAUUGUAUUUAGGUUUAGGAGAUGUUUCAGAUAGAUUCAAUUGUACAAUUAACUUAUAGUUACCAACAAUCCAUGAAGAUAUUAUUGUCUUUGGUUAGAGCAGUAAGUAUGCCAAACAAUCUUUUAGUAGUCAAACUAUCACCUAACCUAAAUACAUUGUCAAAUCAAUGACCGAUGAUACAUUCUAUGAAACAAUUAAGGAUACUGAAUUGGUAAUUAAUCCUGGAGAUAGUGGAUUCAUAUUCAGUGUAGCAUCAAAAUCAUUAAUAAAUAUCAAAAUUAGAGUUCAAAUAAAAUAUACUAUUUCAUUUCCUGAUCGUAAUUCAUGGAAUCCUAUUUAUUAUUAUAAUCCAUUUACAGAAAUUCCUGUUUUAUAUUUAGAAAUUAUUAAUAAAGGUUGUGAACUAAUUCCUCAAAAGUCUACAUACGAUUUACCCAUUAAUGGUUAUACGCAUCCUAUAAUAAUCGAUUCAUCUGAAUGUAUUCCUAUUUUUGAUACCAAACUGAAUGUUACUAUUUAAGAUAACAAUAAAUUAUAAUUAGUUCCUAUUUAAAUGAGUAUAUCAAGAUAUAGAUUUGAACUUAUUAAAAGAACAACUCGAAAGGCUCCAGAAUAUAGCUAUAUUUUUUAAAUCAAAGCCACCAAUGAAACUCUUCAA